UUGUUUUGUUGCUGAUCAUGGCUGCUGAAGGAGACUUUCUGGCGAGAUACCGAGCUGUGUCAAACAAACUGAAGAAACGUUUUCUCAGGAAGCCCAAUGUCGCGGAGGCGAGUGAGCAGUUUGGUCAGUUGGCGAAAGAGCUGAAGCAGCAGGAGUGUCUUCAGUAUGCUGCCUUCUGUAACCUGGCCAUGGCUCGCUGCGAGCAGACUCUGUUCAACGCUCCCGGAGAGGCUCUAGCGUUGACCGAGGCCGCCCGACUCUUCCUCUCGUCUGAGAAGGAGAACCGAGCGCUGCAGGUCCCGGGCUUCGACGAGCACCUUCAGGCUGCACUCAACUGCUACAGCUUCGCCACCAAGGUUUACAUCGAGAUGAACCAGCCGGUGAUGGCAGCCAGUCUGUGCUUGGAGCUUGGAAACGCACUCAAGGAGAUGAACAGGCCGGGAGAGGCGGUGGUUCACUUUCAGAGGGCUGCAGAGCUGCAGACACAGACGCCAAUCGAAGCUCUGCUGUCCAUGGAGGAAAUGGCCACCUGCAGAAUUUUAACCCGCGACUACGACGGAGCUCUGUCGGUGUUCACGGAGAUGCAGCUGAUGUGCCAGGAGAAAGGACUGCAGCUGCCCGGCACCUCCACCCCCGUUGGAGCUUUUUUGGACAUCGUGGCAAAAUGUGAGAUAUCCAGAGUUCUACUGCUGAUGCUGCUCGAGCCGCCGCCUCAGAAGUUGCUGCCAGAACACGCUCAGACUUUGGAGAAGUACGCGUGGGAAUCCUUCGACCCUCACAGCCAAGUGUCCUACCUGCCCGAGAACGUCUUCCUGCUGCUGCAGUCGGUGGUGAUGGCGUGUCAGGAGAAGGACACAGAAUCCCUCAAGUCUCUGCAGACUGAACUGUGGCCGUUCCUGUCAGCUGAGCAGAAUCACCUCCUCCACCUGGCGGUCCAGGAGCGGAUCACGCCGUCUGGUCAAGGCAUUUAGUCACCGUCCAGCGUCUGCGCUCUUCCUCUGGGAACGAUACCUUUUUAUAUCAUGGAACAUUCCUGCUUCAGCGUCUGCAGGCCCGGAGAGGGUUUGCUUUCAACGUUUAGAUGUUGCAACUCACUCAGAAAUGCACGUUAUGCAGAAUAGUGUCUCUAUCGUCAUGCAGAUCUGAAAAAAACGGAUGAAAUCUUUGCUUUACUAACGUCGUGUCAAUUAAUAGCAAUGCAAGGUUUUCAUGUUUGUCAGUUUGUGAUUAUUUAGAUGUUUUUAAUUGAUCUUGUGUGAGUGAAGGGAGCACUUUGGAGUGAAAUCAACCUGAGGGGUUUAUUAUUGGGAGUAAACUUUCAUUAAGAACCAAAAGGACGUCAAGCUGAUGUGAUUUAGGACAGAAUAUGUGUUUUAUUUAACUCAAAACCGCUUCUGUUCACAUCUUUUUUUGUCCUUAACGAAAGUUUUCACUGUUUACCAUUGAGGGUUGUUUUAACUCCCGAAUCUUCUUUUACCGUCAAUAAACUGUCUGGAGGUAAAAUUUGAGUUGUUUUUGACCUUCGAUCAUCAAGAAUCUUCUCUGAUUGUCUGGACUGAGCGCUGACACGUCUACGUCACACAACUCUACUUCAUGUAAAGAACAAAGAAAAGGUCUUAAAAGUUUAUUUUCGAUUGGUUGUGUGAAAGCUGUAACACUGAACCACAUUUUAUAUUCAUGUAAAAGCCAACUUAUUGUAAAUAUACUUGUUUAAUAUAUUAAACGUGGAUUCUCUCGAG